GCGCACGUGCAGCUCCGCGCUGUGUGUUUUUUCACUGAUCGUUAUUAAUCGGCGCGCUGCCGCUCUCACACCAGGCUACACCUCCUGCUCGCUGGAGCUGAGCGCUGUGGUGCAGGAGCUGCAGGAGCUGCAGAAGGUGCAGGAGGGCCCCAGGCUGCGAUGCUCCUUCUUUUGAUCAGUUCAGUUCAGUCCUGAAGGAGGAUGAGGUGCUGCUGUAGGAUGGCGUUCACACAUGCAGCGCGUGCAGCUGUUCUGCUCUGAAAGCACAUGGCAGCGUUUUCUGAGCUGUUUUUCUGUGUGUCAGUAAGCGGUGGGCUACUGGUGCUGCUGCUGCUGCGCUGACCGUCCCCUCGUGCGAGCUCUGUGGAUGAUGCAUGGCCCCCUGCCCGCACAGACAUGUCACCAGCAUCGGCCGCCCCGGCCACGACCACGGCUACGGCUACAGCUACGACCACCGCUAGCAGCCCAGCCGCAGCUCCAGCUUCGGGAGACGAACCGGAGAGUCCCCGCGAGGAGCAGCGGCCACAGAAGCUGUCCCUGACCAAGGCCCUGUGCCGAGAAUCUCAAUGGAAAUGCCUCAUCUUGACCUUGCUCAUGUACGGUUGUGUGGUGGCCAUGGCAUGGUGCUCCAUUACCAAAGUGACACGCCUUACAUUUGACAGUGCUUUCAAAGGGAAGCCCAUGACGUACCACGAGAGCCCUUGCUCAAACGGCUACAUCUACAUCCCCGUGGCGUUCCUGGUAAUGCUCUACGUGGUGUAUCUGGUGGAGUGCUGGCAUUGCUACAUCCACAGCGAGCUGCAGUAUAAGGUGGAUCUGGAGAGCAUGGCGGAACGGGUACAGCGGAUGCAGCAGGCCACUCCCUGCAUCUGGUGGAAGGCAAUUAGCUACCAUUAUGUGCGUCGGACGAGGCAAGUGACACGCUACCGCAACGGAGAUGCCUACACGACCACACAGGUUUACCACGAGCGGGUCAACACGCACGUGGCGGAGGCUGAAUUUGACUACGGGAACUGCGGGGUGAAGGACAUCUCCAAGCAGCUUAUGGGUUUACAAGAGUUCCCGAUCACCAAGCUUCGCUUCACAAAGUGCUUCAGCUUUGCCAACGUGGAGUCAGAAAACUCGUACCUGACGCAGAGGGCCAGAUUCUUCACUGAAAACGAAGGCUUGGAUGAUUACAUGGAGGCGCGUGAAGGGAUGCAUCUCAAAAAUGUGGAUUUCAGAGAGUAUGUGAUGGCCUUCUCAGAUCCUGAUAACUUGCCAUGGUAUGCAAAGCACAGCGCCUUCUGGAUAGCAGCCUCGUUAACACUUUCCUGGCCCUUGCGAGUCCUGAUGGAGUACCGUACAGCUUAUCUUCACUACCAUGUGGAAAAGCUAUUUGGCUUUGACUAUGUUCCCGUCACACCUUUGGAUGAGCGGCCGUAUUGCCGGCACAUCCCUCGGGUCAACACCAUCGACAGCACAGAGCUGGAGUGGCAUAUUCGUUCCAACCAGCAGCUUGUGCCCAGCUAUUCUGAAGCUGUGCUGAUGGACCUGGCCCAGCUAUCAGGCUGCAACACAUAUUCACCCCGUGGGGUCAGCGGUGGCUAUCGGCAGAACUGUGAGCGCUGCCACAGGGCCAUCAGCAGCUCGUCCAUUUUCUCUCGCAGUGCCCUCAGCAUCUGCAACAACAGCAGCAGCCCACGCUUGCCCUUCAGCGGCAGCCGCUUUUCCCUGGGUCGCCUCUACGGCUCCAGAAGAAGCUGUCUGUGGAGGAGCCACAGCGGCAGCCUGAAUGACCCAGGCUGCCCCACUGAAAGCACACGCUGCCUGGCAGGUCAGCCUGGCCAAGAGGAGGAAAACCCACCAUUACCUCCGAACUAUCAGGACGCACUGUACUUUCCCGUGCUGAUUGUGCACCGCAACGAAGGAUGCCUGAAUCAUGACCAUCGCUCUCUGCAUCGCAAUGGCUCAUGUGUAGAGACAUCUUUAUGACCCAGGCUAAAGCUUUUCAAAGUUUCCAGGUUUGCUAGACAUUCCAUUGACCUGAAUGCAAGGGUUCUUUUAUGAUCGAAUCUUGACCUGCUGAUUGCAGACAGCCUGACAAAACGGAGCUAUACAAGUUCAGAAACUAAUGUGGAAUGUACCUUUAGGGACAGUGUUUGGGUCAGAAUGAAAACUCUUGCCAAGAUGUGGAUAAGAGCAAAAGCGUUUACUCCCUUUAGACUUUGCUGUUGAAUGAAACUUUGUACUGAAUGGAACUGGGCCAAGUGAAUCUUUCUUCCAGAGUUGCCUGUCUAGGUCAACUAUAUCAAGAUAUUGCUGCAUAAUAUAACGGAUAAUACAUGUUAUUCUCCAACAACCAGGUCAAAUACAGAAGCAAACACACAUCUGCUCAUAUUAUGUAUAGGAAUACACAAACACAAUCAACCAAACCACAGCGAUGUUUCUAUUAUUGUAGGCAAUAGAAAACAGCAAGUUCUUACAUCACAACAGAACAAGCGGACUGCUGAUUCUGUUCUUUUCCUUUUUGCUGUUUAAGCUUUGGUCACACUCCACAGUAAAAUGAGAAAGUAAUAAGAUACAAGUCCUGAGUCUUGGGGAAAUUGCUUUACUCUAUAUUUACUACUCAUGAAAAAGCAACUGGUGAAAAGUUUUAGUUCAAAGGAGUAGGCAGUCCAACAGUGUCAGAUUUUGGUAAAUGUGGAAAUAAUGCUAAAUAGGUAUAAUGGCACAUUUUAACCUUUAGAUUACAGUGUUUUGUGAUACCUUUGUCAUUACUUAGACUAUGGCACGGUUAUAAAAAUGGCCAUGUCAGCUUUCUAAGGCAUUUUUACCUCAAGUCAAUUAGUUAUAAUACAUUGUCAUUCCAGGACAAUAUCCAACUUCUAAAGCAGAGAGUAAACAAACGCAAAAAAUGCUGGACAUGUGUAAAUAUCAUCCCAACUCCUCUCUUAUUUAUAGUAAUAAAGUCAGUGAUAUGAAUAAUUUAGUAGAGCCAGGCUCAAUAAUGGAUAUUCAUAAACUUGCAUAGUUUUCAGAAAAAAACCUUUUUUAUAUAAAUCUGUACAACAGCAUGAACUCAUUCAAAUGAAAUCUUGCUUCUUUGCAAAUCUCACCUCUUAUUUUCACAGUAAUUGAAGUGCCUCAAUUUAUUUUUUGCAUUAGAGCUAGUUUGUUUUAGACUGUUUAAGUGUUUUAAUUGAUUAAAUGUUAAUCAUUUCACAUGUACACAAGCAAAUGGGAUUCUGUAAAAACCUAAGAUUCCUGCUGUGGACGAAAUAGAAAGAUACAACCCCAGAUCUGCUGAAAUGCUUAGAAAAUUCUGAAAUGCUGAGUCUUCAAGUCAAAUGCAAAUUACCAUAGCUUAUAGCUAAAAAUAGAGCCUUCAUAUCAAAAUGCACAGAACUUCAGAAAGAAACAUUUCAGCACUAACAUAAAAUCACUUCACAGAGAAGAAUCUUUCCAUGAACAGUCAGUUUUGGCAGGACAUUAUUCCACUGUGUAUUUCUCAUUUUUAGUACUAGUACUAAGAGCUCCAUGCUAGUCACUUUAGCCAUUCUGUGUUUUAUUUAUGCUUAUUGUUUUCAGGAAGUGGGGUUUGCAUGUGGUUGUUAAAUUAGUGAUGUGGUUUUAGAAUUUGAUUGCUGGCUAUUAUUAGCUGUAACCUGACAACAUUGCUAGCUCAUUAAUCUAACUCAAGUGGACAACACAGCAGUCACACCAGGGUGACAAUUCUCAUCUGUUCUGUAGCCAUCUAAAAAUGAGGAUGACAUCUUACUGUGUGUCAUCUCAUUGCUGUUGAAGGAAAACUUCACUAAUUAUAUUUCCAAAAGUAUUAAGACAGCUCUUCUGACAUCAGCCACCAAGCAAUAUCACCAUGCCUAGCUGCAAGAUGGCUGGAGAGGUAUAAAGUAUUGAGCUGAGGAGCAGAGGAGUUGCUUUUUCUGAAGUGAUGGAGCUGAGCUCUAUCCAGUACAUUUUAGAUGAGUCUGAGUGCCAGAACGAAUCAUCCAACAUCAGAGCAUAACCUCACUGAGGCUCUCUAAUGUGUUCAAAAUCUAUUUCAUAAGAAACUCCAGAUGAGCAGUUGUCUCAAUUUUUACAUAUACUUACCUUAGAUAAACCUUUUCUAUUGGUCCAAACCUAGGGAACAAUUUGAAAUGUAUGAAAUUCACAAAAAUACUCAAAAUUUGUUUUGAAACAGUGAUCUGAUCCCAAAAUGUCACUCACGGGUUACAUUUUUCCAGGUCUGAGGAAUAUUUAUUUUAUUAUUAUUGAAGUAACUGUACUUCAUUACUACAAGUAUUAUUUCGAAUGUUUUGUUUUAUACUUUGCGUAAAAGCUCAGAUAAUAAGCCAGAUAAAGCAGACUGAACUGUUAGGCAUUGUGUAAAUAGUACAGUAGAUAAGGGCUUAACAUGAAGCACAACCAGGCUCUCCACAAACACUGUUAUAAAACCUACUGACUAUAUUGCAUGCUCAGUACCAUACAGCAUCUAUCUGUGGAAACACAAUGCUUUUUUAAAAACUUUACUUACUGCAUUGUAAUUACCAUACCGAACAGCCAUGUUCAGAAUAUUCCUACAACGAAAACUGACACUCAGGUUUCUGUGUUUGUUUUGUGAAUCACUCUUUAAAUGCUUAAAAAAUUUGUAUGUUAUUGGGUACAUUUCAAAAGGUGAUAAAUACAAAACUAUAAUCAGAAUAUUUCAUAGCAUAACUUAACUUAACUUGUAAAGAGCUUUAUAGCUCCAGUGAUACUUGGAUAUGGAUAUUUUUUCCACAAUUAAAUAUCUUGGCGUAAUAGGGGAAAACUGUAGGUUUUCAUCCGGUCCAUAAGUAUUUGGGCAGUUGUUGCCUCUAUACAGCACAGCACAGUUUUAGUUAUUUUGUGGUGUAUCUAUUCAGCUUUAAUUCAUUGGGUACAAAAAAAGUAUUUCAUGGACUGUUAGGGAUUACAGUCAUUUAAACAAAGCCAUUUUUACAGUUUAAAAGCCAGGUGUGGCCCAUUUUUCCUUAACACAUUAAGAAUAUAAAUAAUCUGCAAUUGAUUCUAUUGUAUUGAAUUUAUCAGAUGAACAAA